GAUGUAGCUGCCUGUCAUGGUCCGGCUCAUGCAACAGGGAGGAUCCUCCCUCCGGCCAGCCUCACAGCUUCCUGUCUUAGUUAGCCAUCCACUUUACCCAGGCAUUUUUUUGGCACCUUGCGGUGGGAGCAGGCGAUUGAAUGAGACAGCACACCCCUCCAAGCCGCAGCGAGUGCAAACUCAGGUGCAUCAAUCGGGCGGUCGCUGAUCGCUGAACCAUCGGCAAACCUCGAGCCGUCCAUCCCUGAUGAUCAACUCCAUACGGCGGUAAUUCCAUGCUUCGUCAACGCGAACCCCAGCACGGGAAAGUCGACGGGGGAUGCAGAGCAAGCAUCCUUGUAGCAUGCGAUUCUCAAACGGGGAAUUGUCGGUCAAGAUGCGGGAUGCAAGCGCAAGCCACACCACGCCGGUCAAUGAUUCAGCGGCUUGGAUCCGCUUCUUGGCGUCUUCAAGUGGCCUGAUGUUGCGGAAUGUCAUGGCCGGGCGUCUAGACGGCGCAUCCUGCUCCUCACAUGCCCAACCGAGUCAUUUACCCGCACGUCGGCUUGCCUUCGUCUCAGCUGUUCAGCUUCGGGGUGGCAGGAAGACGUUGCGUGAGGCUGAGCGCAUACCCAUUAUAGAGAAUAUCGCCUCAGCACCAGUUCUCCAGGACAAAUAUCCCCAUCGAUCCCCGCUGGAACACAUGGGAGGGAGCCAGUGGCAACACUGCCAGAGUUCGCCAGAGGAAAGGCACGCGACAGCGGCCUUGAUGCCGGGACUUUGGUUCGUCUAUGCAUCCAACGGCGGCGGGGGGGCGCAGGCUCUGCCGGUGGACUCUGAAGUGUCACUGCGAAGUUGAGCGCCACGACCCCGAGACGCUGUCGACACCGAGGCCAUCUAGCGGCGCACCACGGGCGAGGACGGAGUCAUGCCAGCUCAUCGAGAUCCUGGGGACAAGCACCCGCCAGA